AUGAGGCAAGAUAACUCGGACUUUCAAUUGGCAUUGUAUGCUGGCUUCUUGUGCAAGUUAAGUGGUGCUAGUGAUUUCAUCAUCGAAUAUCGUCAGUUUUGGUACCUUGUUGGUUUGGCAUUAUGUUUUGGUGAUGGAGUUGUUGUACUGAAAUGGUGCUAG